AUGGAGGUGCAAGGGACGCGGCGAAUCUUAGGUAAGAAACGGUGCACGGAGCGACGCUUUUUCUGGACCAUGAAGCAGGAGGUCAAGGCGGAGGAUACCAAGCCCAGCGUGGCGCGCGGCUACCGCGACAUUCCGCUGUUUUCGUCGGGUGCGUCAGACAGUGUGACGCACCUUAUGAAGUUUGGCUCACAUACCCGCAUCGAUCCGAAUAAUGAGGCGCAGUUUACGCCACCUGUCAAGCUCAAUCGCAAGACGCCCCUUCGGCUCAAAAUGCCGCCGGCCAAGCCGGGCGAUCAGGUCAUAGACAAGUGGGGCAAGCCGGUGAUGACGACGGAGGGUAAGCCGCUGCUGUGGCCGUCGCACGACGUGGACCUGGAGCACAUACGCCCCUACCUCGAUCUCGAUAAGCCCCAGAGCAGCGAUGCGGCCGCUGACGGGGCAGGAUUCACGCGCCAUCGCCUUUUCCGCAAGCGAGUGCGUGAGGUGCACAAGUCAACGAGUGCUGCGCGACGCACACGCAAUGAGGAGUUUUAUCCGUGGGUGCUCGAAGAUUUUGAUACAGCGCAAGAAUGGGAAAGUUCGCGGGAGCCAUUACCAAAUAGCCUGCGGGCGCUUGAGGCAUGGUACGUGGCGGAACAGGAGCGCCGUGCGGAAGGUCGUGAGCCGAAGCCGAGCGUGAUAGAAGAGCCACGCAUCACGUCGGGCCUCGCGCCGCAUGCGCCGUGGGUCGGCCAGCUUGAGGGCGAGUCCGACGAGCAUUCCGCGUCGCAUCAUGUGCUCUUUGUGUUUGACGACCGCAAUGCCGGUGGCUUCAAGGUUGUGCCGGUCCGGCGGCAGUACAAAUUUAUGCCGCUGCAGAAGCAUAUGCUGAACAGCGAGCAGGUUGAGGAGGAAUUCGCGCGGCACCAAAAGAGUGCCGAGACGGAGCGCUGGCUUCUGCGUGAUCGAUACAAGACAGGGGCGGGUCUCGGCAGCAGCAGCGGCGGUGCAAGUCGCGGUGGGGAUGGGCGCCGCCUGCCGAUGCUGUCGCUGCCUGGCCAGCCGUCUCUCGGUUGGCAAAGCAGUGCGCAUCUUGUGGCAGUGCGCGGCGAACCUGAGCGAUCGCAGGUGGAUGAUGACGACCUGUUUGGGCCUGUGGUGAAGAAUGAGACGACCUAUGAUGAGCUCGACUACGAAGACACAUUUGCAGAUGACGAUGAGCGAGCCGAGGUACAGGACGAUGCCGAGGAUGCCGAGGCACGCGAACUGGAGGAGCGUCUCAAGCGCGAGAUGGUGGCAGAUCGACUGGAUGAUGGCGACGACGUCCAGAUCAAGAUGGAGCCGGAUGAUGCGAUCGCCGUCAACCGGCGCAGCGGUGCCGACAACUUGCUGGGGUCGGCGCAGUAUGGACGUCACGACGAUGCGAUGUUGACGGGCAGCGGUCGGCAGAUGCGCCGCAUCAUGAAGGCACUGAGUCGGCGUGAAGGUCUCGAUACGUAUGACAGCGACGAAGAGGCCAAGAAUCCAUAUGCGAGUGACGACGAUUCCGACGAUAAUGAUGACGACCUCGAUGUCUUGCACCCCGAGCGAGCCAUUCUCGAGGCGCGUGAAGAAAAGGCGCGGCGUGAGCGAGAGGCCAAGGAGCAAGCGUCGACUCCUCGAGCCGCGUCUCCGGAGGCGGAUGGCGGCGUGAAGCGCAAGAACGAUACGGCGUCGCGACCGGACGCCAAGAAGGCGCGGGUGGAUUCGCCACCACGAUCGGCGUCGCCGGUGCGUUCGCCGCUGGAGGCCGAGAUUGUGCAGCUGAUUUCGUCGGGCCAGGUGGCUACGACCAGCGACCUCGUCCAGCAUUUCCGCGCGCGACUCAAGCAGGACCUGUCACUCAAGGAACAGCUUAGUGCCGCCGUCAAGCGGAUCGCCUACAUGGACAAGAAGGAGAACAAGCUCAAGCUCAAGGAAUCGGCCAAAGUGUCUGACGCUGCAGCCACUUCUCCGCGCGAUAGUCGCCCUUAA